UCUUGCUAGUAGGGGGCAUCCACUUGCUGCUCUCAGCUCUACUUUUGGUCUUGAGUGCUUUUUUGUGAAAGAAUGUGAGGCCUAAAUAUGCAAAUUGGUAUUGUAAAUGAUUUAGUAGUUGAUCAAUUUUAAAAUUAAAAAUGAACUUAUGAAAUUGUGUCAGUGACGACUAACACAAAGCAUAACGCCCUUCAUUUCUAUAGAAGAUGUAUCAGGCUGCACACUCGUCCAGCAGAAAUUGGCUACGCCAUAAUUCGCAAAAUAACAAAAUGCGUAAUGGAUAUGAACUGGUGGAGAAUCCCAGCGCCAUUGCAAACAGACAUGUUCAAGAACUAUGGGAAGAAUCUACAGGAACUUCGUAUACGAGCAGUCAGGGACAGCGUUUUCCCAACCGCCCUCCAAAAUCUUGACGUUUACUCCAUCUAAAGAAGAAAAGACCAGAGAAAUACGCAAGAAAUUGAGAGAGCAGGAAAUGUUACGAAAACGAAGGAUAGUACAGGAGCAGCGUCGAGAAGAGAGUCGAAGGGCAUUGGUAGAGGAGCAGCAACAAAAAAUGAAACAACAGUGGCAAACGAAAAACAAAAUGAAGCAAGAGGUAAAUCAUGCAAGGAAAAGAAGUGUUGAUCAGAUUCAAUCCGAUUGGAAGCAUGGUAUCAUGGUGAAAAUUAUGCGAGAAGAUGAAUCAAGAAUACGGAAACUCGGCGAAGCCCGUGAUAUCUUACGAAAGCAAAAGGACGAUGCCUACUAUGAUAAAGUGGUGGGCCACCUCCGUCAAAUGGAAGAGAAAAUGCUGAAAAAUAAGGAGCAGCUCCCUGACGGCCCGGACAAGGUCUACACAGAGCUUUGGUAUCGUCAGGAGAAGCUGUUUAGAGCGCUCGGGGAAAGAUCGCUGGACGAUAUCAAGGACAUGCUCGCAUUUACACCAACAAUUCUACAAGUCAAAGCAAAAAAGGUUUAUCAGGACUAUCCACCGCAUCGACAAAUGCAGAAGCUACUUAACGACCUUGUUGCCGGCAAAAUUACAGAGCAAUUCUUCUUCAAAGAGUCUUCAGAAUUAGUGAAGAAAAUGAGCCCAUCCCGAAUCAUCGAGCACCACCGGCGUCAGGAGGCCAGCAAGACGGGCUCCUACAGCCUGAUGAAGGUGUCCUCACAGCCGCUCAUCGACCGCUACACCAUCAGCUGGUCGGCAGCCAAGCUGGACGGCGACCGGGCCCGGGAGGUGGCGGAGAGGGUGAUCAACAGCACGCUCCGCCAGGCCGAGAGCGUGUACUCGCAGCUGAUGGAGGGCAGCAGCGCCGACCUCACACUCCUCACCAUCGGGUCGCUGGACAAACUCGAGAAGAAGAUGUCAGAGCAGCUCAAGAGGCGUCGCAGCGGUACAUCCGAGGUCUCCCUGGAUCACGUGCACUUCAGCGAGCGCAACAUCGUGUGUCCACGGCCCCUGGAAUCGAACCUGCAGUUCAGCGAGCUGAAGACGGUGGCGAACCGUCCGCCGACGCCGAUCCCGUCCGAGGAGCACCUCCGCAUUGUCACCGAGAACCAGCAGCUUGUCGACGAAAUCACCAUACAGUCGGAGAAGUUCCUGCACGAGAAGAUGAAAGAGGAGCGCAUUAGCAGCCCGAAGGACUUGGCGAAGCACAUGCCGCUCACUCCUUCACUCACAGACACCAGGGAUAGACUGAAGACGACCAUGAUGGAAAAGCUGAGUGAGAUGCGCCAUCAUGUGAAGAAAGAUGGCAAAUACAUGUCGCAGAUUCCCGAGUCGGCGAUGGAGCUCAUCCCGCGGAUGGACGACACUCGUCGGGAGAGUUUCGUGGGAGACAUGGCCAAACUGGUGUCUGACAUUAUCGGUACAACCAUGAAACAGGCCGAGACCAUCAUGAAGGACGCUAUACAGGCCACUCGAGAGAACCUCAGCAAGCCCGAUGGUGACGAUGGUGGCAAACAGGAUGAUGGCGUAGACGACGAGGGAACACAAGCCAAUAAGAGAAUAUCUCAGGACUUCAAGCCGGUGUUCGGCAGCCAAGAGCUGCAUGUUGACGUUAACGUGGUGGACGGCAGCCUGGCAGCCUACUCGGUGAGACACAGCGCCGGCCAGACGGGUCACGAGGACCACGGCCACCGACCCCCGGUGUCGCACCUGCGCAUGUUCUUCAAGCAGCGCGCCUCGCUGGCGGCACCACCUACCGCCAAACUGGUGCGCGUGGACCGGAAGCGGCACUCGAUGCCGGCCACGCUGCCGACCUGCAUGGACCCGACGCAGAUGCACGGGCGGAACAGCUUCCUGUCUCUGGUGAAGCCGGACCUGCAGACGGUGGCCGAGUUCCGCGACAAGACGCGCAGCCAGGUGGAGGCGGUGCUGCGCGACCACUCGGCGUUCGGUGCCGUGCAGAUCGAGUCGCCGCCGACCUCGGACGGCGAGGACGAGGAGCUGCUCGGCCCGCCGAAGGAGCAAUCACACCUGCCGCCAGCACUGGUCGUCUCCACAGACGCGCCCGGCGAGGCGCUGGACCAGCUGACCGAGCUGCCGGCCGGCUCUGAGCACUCGCCGCGCAUGUCGCCCAGUCUGCCCGUGUACCGGCGCACGCCUAGCGUGGCCGCCGAGCCCGUGCGGCCCACACACAGUGUCACCGCCUCGCGGAUGCUGAUCACCUGUGACUCGGAUCCGCGGCUAUCGCUGCGCACCAGCACUGCCGAGCUGAGCGUCGACCUACACGGCCACAGCAUGCACUGCAUCGACCAUGAGGCAGAGGGAGAGCCAGAGGAGGAGCUGCGCCGUCUGGAGAGCUCAGCGCUCGGAUUCGGCGAGCUGGAGCGCACCUCGUCCGAGCCGCGCGUGGAGGGGUCGACAGCUGAGCUGGUGCCGGUGCGACGCUCCGGCUCCGCCGACGGAGGACCGCUGCUCAUGGACCGUAACGACAGCGACAACGAGCUGGAGCUGCGUGUGCGCGGCAACCUGGCGACCGAGGAGACGGAGGCAACGGAGCCGAACCCGGCACAAUAGCUACCAGUUCGGUAAACUACAGCGACCGGUUAACUGAGGCCGGGUCACAGACGGCAGAUACAGCGAAAAAAGAGGAGCCGUAACACGCUUAAGUCAGCUUUGUAUUCUUCUGAUAAAGCACUAUGAUCCUCGAAAGCUCUGCUUUUUGCCAACUUGUCCAUGGUUUACUUCAUUUUUCUUUUAUUCUAUUAGUAUGUCUAAUGUCCUUCAGUUCGGUAUCUUUGGUUAUGUUUGGAUCAAUGGGCCGUGUAUAAGUUAUGUCUCUUCCUUUGAAUAUGGUGGAAUAUCUCAUCGCUGAUUAGAGGACUUUAUUUCAGUGGCGCCAAAAUGAAACAUACUAGAUUUGA